AAAUUAUCUUGAAAAUGAUGCACAAGCGAUCAAGGACUGUUGCAAAAGUGUCCCUCAGGGAUAUCAAAAAGAUAUCAUUGUUUCAGGAAUUUAGAAAGCUCAAAUAAGUUUAAAGGUAAAAGAGAGAGAGUGACUAGUAUUCAACAUCAGAAGGAGCCCAGCGUUGAGGAUAAGAUCAUUGAGUUCGCAACAUCUAUGCCUUCUGGACAUACCCUUCCACAUGACUUCAGACCUUUUGGCACUGCUCAGAAACCUUCUGCUCAGGACAAACUUUAUGUUCUCAACAAAUUUCUGCUGAAAAAUUCUAAUAAAAAUGUUAAAAAGUUAGUUAGGAUUUUCCAGAAAUUUCAACAAGAGAAACAAAAUAAAAAUAUUGCUGAGUUUGUCCCUAACUCGUUAAGAAUGUUUAACCAAAGUAAGAAUCCGGCCUUUGAACUGAGAAAGACGCCUUUCAUCAACCGUAUAAAGGUGCCAAAAGUCCAGCCAUUACAUGAUGGAGCUCUUACUAGAAACAACACUAAGCUCAAUCUUAGGGUGAAGAAUAAGUCUAACCAGAAGAUGAGACUGAAUCUUUCUCCGAUUAAGAAUCAUUACAACAGCUUUAGGUCUUCUCGAAGAGGUUCUAACCAGGGGUCGAAUUUUGGAAACUCCCAUAGAAGCAUGAACUUCAAGAAGUCACUGUAUAACGCAGGAUCUUCAAUGAGUCUAAAGCACAGGAUCUUAAAUGCUAAUAGCAAGCAGGAAUUUAUGAAAUUGUCGAAGUAUUUUAGGAAGAAUAGUUUUAUGAGCCCUGACGAACCCUCUGACUAUCCUUCAUAUCGAGAAAUGCCACAGUUAUAA